UUCUCUUAUGCAUUUGUCCGCCGCCUCCUUCAGGAUCUGAUAAAGGGAUCGACUCCUCCCUCCUCUUUCUUUCACUCCCCUCCUUCAAAACCGAGUCCAAUUGAUCAAGGGAUUGAAUCUCGUCGUCGACUCCUCCAUCGAAGCUCGUCGUUGACUCCGCCCGCGAAGCUCGUCGUCGACUCCUCCCUCGAAUCUCGUCGUCGUUCACGGUUUUAGGAGACCACACGUUAUACCGGUAGCAAUGGCGGUAACCUUGUACUCUCCUAGCUCGGCUGCUGGCCUUAAGAAGCUCGAUGAGUACCUCCUCACUCGGAGUUAUAUCUCUGGAUACCAAGCAUCCAAGGAUGAUAUUACUGUUUACUCAGCCAUCCCGUCGGUGCCAUCGGAUGAGUAUGUAAAUGUUUGUAGGUGGUACAAGCACAUCGAUGCCCUCAUUAGGAUGUGUGGUGUCUCCACAGAGGGCCAGGGUGUGAAAAUUGAAGGUUCUGCUCCUGCAGAGGCCCCGUUAUCUCCUGCUGUUGCUGAUAAGGCUGCAGCUCCUGCGGAUGACGAUGAUGAUGAUGAUGUUGAUCUCUUUGGUGAAGAGACAGAAGAGGAAAAGAAGGCAGCUGAAGCACGUGCUGCAGCUGUCAAAGCAACAGGGAAAAAGAAAGAAUCUGGAAAAUCUUCAGUUCUAUUGGAUAUUAAGCCAUGGGAUGAUGAAACUGACAUGAAAAAGCUUGAAGAAACAGUUAGGAGCAUUCAGAUGGAGGGUUUGCUUUGGGGAGCUUCCAAGCUUGUUCCUGUUGGUUAUGGCAUCAAAAAGUUACAGAUUAUGAUGACCAUUGUGGAUGACCUUGUGUCCGUGGACACCCUGAUCGAGGAGCAUCUCACUGUUGAGCCAGCAAAUGAGUACAUCCAGAGCUGUGAUAUCGUAGCGUUCAACAAAAUCUAGAAAUUUUUCCUCGUCUAUGGUUGGUUUGGGCAUGCUUGUGAUGACGAUGAGGAGUCUGUGGUCUCCAUGCUUAAAUGGUCUCCAUGCUUAUGUACCUCAGAACUAUUUAUUCUCUAUAUUUAACCCAAACUGGAACGCUUGAUCUGUGUUGAGGUUUCUAUUUCAAGAAAUGGUUGUAUGAUCGACAUUCUUUCCUAGUUAUUGAUGGUUUCGUGCGACAGUUUUGAUUGA